CUUCUUGGUGGCCACACACUAGUUGUCUGGUCCACCGGAGGAGUGUCUACCGACAGUCCGUCUUCAAGAGGUUUAUUUAAAGGUGGGCUCCGUCGUCGCCACCACGAAAACGUUUGCUUCAACGAAAGAGGAUGAAAAUAUGAAACGAAAGAGGAUGGUUUCGGAACCACGCGUCCCUUUUUAGAUUCAAGAAGAAGACGAAAAAGUCACCCAGAGAACUUUGCGCCGUCCUGGGUGUGGAAGCGUCUUCCUGGACCGUUUGUACGCCAUCGUGGUGGUGUCUCCGACAUCUUCCGAGCACGCCCAAGUGGUCCGAGGUAUCCGGUGGAGGCGACGAGUCGCCCCGCAGGAUGCCCGCCAAGACCCCCAUGUACCUGAAGACCACCACACCCAAACGAGGCAAGAAGGCCAAACUGCGUGACGUGCUGUCUGGUGAUAUGAUCAGCCCCCCGCUGGGCGACGUGCGCCACAGCGCCCAUGUGGGGCCGCAAGGCGAGCAGGACAUGUUUGGAGACGUGGGCUUCCUAAGGGGAAAAAUGGACAUGUUACCGGCGCGUAACGGUGACGCUCGCUCGCAUAGCGUGGACGAACGCCACGGAGACGUGUCCGCCACCUCGGACUACUCCUACAAUGGAUUCCACUACCAGCCCUCGUCCUCUGGCUUGUUGAAGAACACCAUCUCCAUGCCCGUCUUCAUCGCACACGAGCAAGCGCCGCCCAAACCGCCACGCCUGCACCUGGAUGAUGCCAAACAACGGCACUUACAGCCUGCUGACAAGCAGCAGGGACAGUGUACCUCGGAGAACAGCGGCCGGGACAUCUCCCUGUCCCCCUCCCUCCGCCGACUGGUGCCCUCAUCCGGAUCCUUCUCGGAGGUGUCAUCGGAGGAGUCAGUGUUGGACGGGUGCAUGCCACUAGAUGAGCAGCGAGGCCUCAGUCUGGACUCGGACGCCGGUCUGAGCAACGAGGACCUGCGCAGCGAUUCGCCGUGCGGACUGUUCCUGCGAUCGGACUCCGCGGCAGACCUGGACCUGGAUCUAGGGCCCUCCAUCCUGGAUGACGUGCUGAGGAUCAUGGACCGCUACAAGGAUGUGGACCACCGAUGCGAGCUGUGAGCAAAUGGAAGAUAAGGUGGACAAUAAGGCCUUUUACUGAGUCAAUGUACUGAAAACCUGACAACAUGGCGGACAUUUUGGAUACAGCACUUCCAUAAAGUACUUACAACGCUUAACUGUUUCCACAUUUUAUGUUACAGCUUCAUUGCAAAAUUUAUCAAAUGUAUUAUUGUUCCUCAAAGUCUGCACAUAUGAUCCUAAAAUGACCAAGUGAAAAGUUAUCUUUUUUUAUUUUUGCAAUUUUGUAAAAGGUAAUGAACUAAAUGUGGUAAAAUUGAAGUG